GCAGGAAGGGAACCCUCACAUCCAUUUGUCACCGCCGCCUGAAUAUUCAACUGUAAGGGCCCUGCUUUCUGGAAGCUGUAGACUAGUCAGUCAGUACUCAGUUCCAACCCUUUUCAUUUUCUGCAUACAACUUACUACGUAAUUCUUUUCCCUUCUCUCUCAUAAUCCCAAUGCUUAAAAAAAUCCAUAGAAAAUUCUUCUAAGUACUUUCUAUGGUACUUGUCAAAUGCAAGCAAUAAUUCUCUCACUUUUACUCUGAUAGAUAAGGGAUAGGAUUGUUCCUUUUAACCCAAUGCAGAUGACUAAGAGCUGAAUCAAAGGUGGUAAGGUGUAGGGAUCUUGAAAUUUCUUUUUUGGGUAUCUAAGCAAUGCUUCUUUCACAGCAGUUCAAGUUUCAAUUUUUUAGCCACCAUACUUCUCAUAUAACUCAUUGCAAAAGCUCAAAAGUUCCAAAUUUUAAGCAAGUACUCAAUAACCCCACUCUGGAAGUAUUUACAGUUAGGUGUGUAAAGCACAAACGUUUAGCUGUCUCUUUGAAUGCAAAUGAAGCUAAUUUUUCAGAUGAACAAUGUAAUGUUGAAGAAAAGAUUGAAGUGGCUCAGGAAAAAAGCUUUUGGGGUGCUGUAAGUUUGGUUGUAGGUACUGCUGUAGGGCCUGGAAUGUUGGGAUUACCUGCAUUAACUGUAAAAUCUGGUCCACUUCCAUCAACUAUAGCACUAUUAUUGACUUGGGUAUAUGUCAUUUCCUCUAUCAUUCUUGUAGCUGAACUUAGUUUUGCUGCAAUGGAGGAAGACGGGGUUGAUGAAGUUAGCUUCACUAGUCUUGCAACCAAGACAUUAGGAAGUAAAAUUGGUUCUUUUGUUGCUUUGGUCUAUGCUUCACUAACUUUUGCUUUGUUAGUAGCUUGUGUUUCAGGGAUUGGUUCAAUUAUUUCUCAGUGGUUUUGCAAAAUUAAUCCUGUUAUUGCCAAUGGACUGUUUCCAUCACUGGUUGGACUAGUUUUAUGUUUGUUACCUUUUAAGGUUAUUGAUGUAGCCAAUAGGUGCCUAUGCAUUAUGAUGCUUUUCUCCAUUACAUCACUUGUAGUAAUUGGACUGUUUGUUGGGAGAAUGAAUAUUGUAAAUUCUUUUGGAUUUGCUUCUUGGAGAUUUUCCUCAAUCUUGCCUGCUAUUCCUGUGGCUGUGCUUACAAUGGGGUUCCAUGUAAUCACACCUUUCAUUUGUAAAAUUGCUGGGAAUACUGUAAAUGAUGCUAGAAAAGCAAUAAUUCUAGGUGGGACUAUUCCCUUAGUCAUGGUUGUAUCAUGGAAUUUGAUUGUUUUGGGACUUUCUGGGAACAAUGCUUCAUAUGUCUCGAGCGAUCCGAUCUCACUCUUGCUCUCUGUUAAUUCCUCUGCUCUACCAGCAGUUCAAGGUUUUGCAUUUUCAGCAUUGGCUACUAGCUUGAUAGGAUAUGCAGUUAGCUUCCCGAAACAGGUUGUUGAUACCUUGAAUUUGAUCUUCAAUAAUUCUAGAGGAGUAACAACUCAAGGUGAAGUAGGCAAAGUUGGAUCAGCCACUUUCAAGUUGGGGCAAAAUCUUGGAAAUGCAGGGGAAGUUUCUUAUAGUGGAAUCAAGAGUGAUAAUGGUUCGGAAAUUAGAGGGAAACAUGGUUUUAAAUCUUUGCAAAGCAUUGUGAUGCCUUUUAUUCUAGCUUUGCCAGUUCUCAUUGGCUCUUUCUUUCCCUCUACAUUUUCAAGAGCUCUUGAUUUUGCCGGGAUUUAUGCAAACUGCUUUCUGUUUGGCAUCCUUCCUCCGGUGAUGACAUACAUUUAUCAGUCCAGGAAAAAGCUCAGGUUAGGCAUCCUACCAGGAGGGGAUGGUGUGCUACUACUACUUUUAGCCAUUGCUGUUACUCUAGCCAUUUGGCAUUAGGUGGCUAAGUAUGCAACUACUUCUGUGCUAUACUUGUUCCCCGUUUCUUGAAGGUUCAAUGGUUCUAGACCAAAAUCUGGACUUACUAUGUGGUUACUUUUGCACGGGAAACAGAUGAGUCAAGGGUUCACCUGUUUGUGGAAUGUGAGGGCUAGAAUACUUGUAUGGCUUAAGUGGCAGCACCACACAGCUACUAUGUUGGAGCAGCAUUUGGCAAUGGCGGAUCUACGUUAUGUAUUUUUGGGGAACCAUUGCUUUUGGGGACAAGCAGAAACUGGCUUCUGUUGGUAUUAGAAGAUUGAUGCAGUCUUUGUUAUUUUAGUUGGUUAAUCUUUGAGUUGUUAGGACCUUUGUUUUUCACUCUAGGGAAUUGAAGAAACUCUCCCGUGUGCUUCAUAUUCUCUUAGUAGUAGAUUAGCAUUGCUUUUUGUUCUACUGGUAUUGUUUUGAGACAGCUAGUUGUGUCUAUCUAGCUGUGGAUUUGUAACUAUUUAC